AUGAAGACUGUCAAUAAUCGAAUAAAGCCUCUGAGUAAGAAAAAAGACUUUUCAACAUAAUUAAACACCAAAAUCAAAAUGCAUGAAUUGAUCACUUUUGAUGAUGUACAUAAACUUAUAAAUAUAAAUAGAUCCAUAUUAGAUAAGAAUAACAUCAAGAAGUCUGA